AUGUCUUCUUCCACCUACUCCAAUUCUCCUUGUGCAGCCUGCAAGUUCCUACGUCGAAAAUGUCUUCCGGGCUGCGUUUUCGCGCCCUAUUUCCCGUCGGAGGAGCCACAAAAGUUCGCCAACGUCCACAAGAUCUUCGGAGCUAGCAAUGUCAGCAAAUUACUAAACGAAGUCCAGCCACACCAACGGGAGGACGCCGUGAACUCGCUCGCUUACGAGGCCGAGGCGAGGAUGAAAGACCCCGUCUACGGCUGCGUCGGCGCCAUCUCGAUCCUCCAAAGACAAGUCAUCAAGCUUCAAAGAGAACUCGACGCUACCAACGCUAACCUCAUUCGCUACGCCUGCAGUGAACUCCCCGCCCCGUCAUCGUCGUCGCAGUAUGCUCGGAGAUCGUCAUCGACAAGUCACGUCGGAAGCUCGUCGACCUCUAGCUAUGGCCAUUACUAUUCUGGCCUCUACUUUUGUGGCCCUUGUGGAGAUGACCAUGACAAAGGAGAAGAACACAAGUAA